CAUACGAUUUUAUUCUCCAUCUUUUACAAAUUACAAGUUUACAACCAUAUACCUUUUCGAUCGAUCAUGUCUGAAUUAAAAGCGGAAUCUCCGACCUCACCACCACCAAAAUCAGAGCAAGAAACAUCGGAAUCUCCGACCUCGCCGCCACCAAAAGCAGAGCAAGAAACAUCGGAAUAUCCUACCUCUCCGCCACCAUCAAUUCAGCUCCAUAGCAACUCAGAUAUACUAAGCGAGAUAGUGUUAUGGAGAAGGAAGCAGCUGAACGUUGGAAUUCUGGUAGCAGCAACGGCGACAUGGAUAGUGAUGGAUGUUUACCACUACAGUUUCAUCACUCUCCUCUCUUGGGUGGCCAUCGCCCUCCUCUCCUGUUUGUUCUUCUGGGGAAGCAUCCACCGCUUCUUGAAAAAAGAGGCGCCUGACUUGUCGGAGCUUGAGAUCAGCGAGGAGACGGCGAAGGCGCACGCCGGGUUGCUGAGGCGGCGGGCGGAGGACGGAAUCCGGUUGAUGUUUCAUAUCGGCAGUGAGAGAGAAUGGUUUGUGUUUGUUGGAGCUGUCGUCUCUCUCUAUUUGCUCUCGCUGGCUGCAAAACACUUGGAUUUUGUUACACUUUGCUUUAUAGGGAUUUGGGGGGCGAUGACGGUGCCGGUGGUUUAUGUGAAGAACGAGCAGAAGAUACGAGAAUUUGAAGGGAGUGCGAUGAUGACAUGGCAAAGGAUGAAUGUGAUGUUUGAGGAGAAGUUUCAUAUUGUGAAAACCAAAAUAGCAGGGAAACAGAAAGAGGUUAAGGAAAAGAAGACUAAGUAGGUUGUUGAUUUUGUAAUUCUAUGUUCCAUAUAGAACACCUCCAUUUGUUGUUCAAGAUAUAAAAUGUUGCGAGGACUUUGUCGUAAAAAAAAAGCUGCGAAUUUCAUGAUU